UUGUGUUAUUUUUUUCUGUCAAUGGUUCAUUCAUUACAUUUCUUGUUGUUUGGUGUUUCUCCGUAUUUUAAAGUUUAUAGCAAAUUAAAAAUUAUGUAUUUUCUACACGAUCUGAAUCGUGAAAAAACAACAACAAGUCAGUGAAAUAAUGUAAAGCACAACACAAAACAUAUUUUGUUUUUUUUAGCAACAUUUUUUGUAGACUUCAAGAAUGGGAAGAUUGUGGAUAUCGCUUUUGAAAGUGCUUUAUUUAUUUGUAUACACUGAAACAUCACGCGUGACUGUCUAUCAAGGAGAUACUUUGCCUCACCAUGGACGAUGCGAGCCAAUUACCAUUCAGUUUUGCCAGCAACUGAGAUACAAUGAAACCAUAUUUCCCAACAUUCUUAAUCAUGCUAAACAAGAAGAUGCUGGACCUGAAGUACAUCAGUUCACACCAUUAAUCAAAAUAAAUUGUUCCCCAGACCUCAAAUUCUUCUUGUGUUCAGUGUAUGCACCUGUUUGCACAAUUUUGGAUACUCCUAUACUGCCAUGCCGUCAUUUAUGUGAAUCCGCGAAACACAAUUGCGACCAACUGAUGAUAGACUACGGCUUCCCAUGGCCAGAGCAUCUGGAAUGUUCAAGGUUCCCGGUUGCUACAGAUGAAAAUGUCAUAUGUGUUGGUGAUAAUAAUGUUACACAUAAAUCAAAGAAACCUACAGAAACCAAGCUACCUAAAGUAGAUUUCAAAUCGAAUAUUGAAAGGGAUCCUACUAAACUGCAUAGUGCAAAAGAUUAUGGAUUUGUUUGUCCUGUACAUUUUAAAGUACCCAAGAGUUUGGAUUUGGAAUAUUCUCUGAAGGUUGGAGAUAAGAUUGAACAUGAUUGUGGUGCACCAUGUAAUGGCAUGUUUUUCAGUCAGGAUGAAAAAAACUUUUCAAGAUUGUGGAUUGGUAUUUGGGCAACACUAUGCACUGUGAGCUGUUUAUUUACUGUUCUAACUUUUUUAAUUGACACAGAUAGAUUUAGAUAUCCAGAAAGACCUAUUAUAUUCCUAUCCGUAUGUUACUUGAUGGUAGCUGCAGCAUAUAUCAUGGGAUGGAGUGCUGGAGACAGUGUUAGUUGUCAAGGGCCUUUUCCCUCGACAAUAAGUGGGACAAGAUUACCAAACAUAUCAAUCAUAUCACAAGGCACAAAACAUGAACCAUGUACAAUACUUUUUAUGGUGGUAUAUUUCUUCAGCAUGGCAUCAAGUAUUUGGUGGGUUGUCUUGACACUCACAUGGUUUUUGGCAGCUGGACUUAAAUGGGGCCAUGAAGCUAUAGAAGCAAACUCACAAUAUUUUCAUUUAGCAGCUUGGGCAGUGCCCGCCAUCAAGACAAUAUCGAUACUAGCAAUGGGAAAAGUUGAUGGUGAUAUUCUAUCUGGUGUGUGUUACGUUGGAAUAUGGGAUGCUGAGGCUUUACGUGGAUUUGUACUAGCACCGCUCUGUGUAUAUCUUGUCCUAGGAACAGUAUUUCUUUUGGCUGGAUUUGUAUCAUUGUUUCGUAUAAGAACUGUAAUGAAACAUGACGGCACAAAAACAGAUAAAUUGGAAAAACUAAUGAUUAGAAUUGGUGUAUUUGGAGUCUUGUAUACAGUGCCAGCCUUGAUAGUUAUUGCUUGUCUUUUUUAUGAGCAAGCUCAUUUUGAUAAUUGGAUGGUGACAUGGCAUAGGGAUAUGUGCUCUACACCUCUUUACUCUAUCCCCUGUCCAUUCACACGUCAUGAGAUGGAGAGACCUAAGUUUGAAAUGUUCAUGAUUAAGUACUUAAUGACAAUGAUAGUUGGUAUAACAUCCAGUUUUUGGAUUUGGUCAGGAAAAACUUUAGUUUCCUGGCGUCAAUUCUUUGAUAGAAUAAAAGGUAGAAGAGUUGAAGUGUAUGUUUAAUUUUCGCAGCUGUCAUUUUAUUUUUAAUAUUUUUACUUUUAGCUACAAUAUAAGGCUGAUAAUGUAAAUAGGAGUCUCAGUAAUUUGAUAAGUUUUUUAUACAAAUAAGUAUUUUUAAUGUGAGUAUUAAUUAAGAAUCAAUGUAUUAAUAAAUAUUUUCAUUUUCAA